GACUGGAGGAAACGAACACCCAUCUUUACCCGUGUUCCAAAAUUUGAGAUAUCCUUUGGAAUAAAGCAAAGAGUGUUUGCAAUGUUGUUUUCCCGGAGAGGUUACUUGGGAGCCCAGCAGUUUCCAUUCUUCUUUCUACUCCAUACAUUUUGGAAAGUGGGGAGCGGCCAGAUCCAUUAUUCGGUGGCGGAAGAAGCGAAACACGGUACGUUCGUGGGGCGCAUCACGCAGGACUUGGGUCUGGAGGUCGGGGAGCUGGUGUCUAGGAUGUUCCGGAUUGUGUCUAAGAGCCGCAGGGAUUACCUGGAGGUAAAUGUGCAGAACGGCAUUUUGUUUGUGAAUUCUCGGAUCGACCGUGAGGAGCUGUGCAGCCGCAGCCCUGUUUGUUGCAUCCAUUUAGAGGUGAUCGUGGACAAGCCUCUGCAAGUUUUUCAUGUGGAGGUGGAGAUCAAAGAUAUUAAUGAUAAUUCACCCGUAUUCCCAGUGAAGGAACAAAAACUGUUUCUUUACGAAUCCCGAUUGCCUGAUUCUUCCUUUCCUCUAGAGGGAGCCUCUGACUCGGAUAUUGGCUCUAACGCCUUACUUAGUUACAGGCUUAGCGCCAGUGAUUACUUCAUUCUAGAAAUACAGUCAAAGAAUGAUCAGAGUAAAUUGGUCGAACUGGUGCUUAAAAAACCACUAGAUAGGGAGGAAGUUCCUGAACAUCACUUAAUACUGUCAGCCACAGAUGGGGGCAAACCUGAACUCACGGGUACAGUACAGCUGCUCAUCACAGUCCUGGAUGUGAACGAUAAUGCCCCCAUUUUUGAACGAUCACAAUACGAAGUGAAGAUAAAAGAAAAUGCGGCUCCCGGAACCUUAGAUCAGACUGAACGCCUCCGAUGCAGACGAGGGCACCAAUCGGGAGAUUUUAUACUCUUUCAAUAGUCUCGCUUCUCCUGUGAAUAAAGAUAAGUUUCAUAUAAAUCCAGACA